AUGCAAAUCUCUUCGCUCCUCGUCAUGGGAUUAGCCCCCAUUGCCUAUGGCUUCCCUCACUUCGCGAACACCGGUGUUGGACAUUCAUUCCGACCACCUACAUCAAAGGCAGGAAAUGAUACCAACCGGCUCAAGCCGCAGCACUUCAUGUGGAAGCCUCCCGGUCCGAAUGAUCUGCGCUCUCCCUGCCCGGUGAUGAACACCAUGGCGAACCACGGCUUCGUUCCCCGCGACGGCCGAAACAUGACGCGCGAGAUUCUCAUCAAGGGCCUCGGAGAUGGACUGAAUAUUGCCGAGGUACGAGCUAUCAACAUCUUCGAAAACGCUCUCCAGGUCAACCCCAUCCCGAACGCCACGUUCUUCGACUUCCAAAUGAUGCAUACACACAACAUCAUCGAGCACGACGGCAGCCUCUCUCGCCGCGACGCCGUCUUCGACCCUACGAACUCAUUUGACAAGGGGACAUUCGACAACUUCGUCAGCUACUUUGGAGACGAACAAGCCAUCAAUAUCUCUAUGAUAGCAAAUGCUCGAGCCCGUCACGCCCUUGACAUGAGUCGAAUCAACCCGACUUUCAACAUCACCCAGGCUCAGAUCCCAGUCAUUGUGGGCGAGAACGCCAUGUUGCUGGUCAUCUUCGGCCGCCCUGACAACCCGAUCGCGAACAGGUCGUUCCUGGAAUACUUCUUCAGAAACGAGCGGCUCCCUGUUGAGCUCGGUUGGGUACCUCCCGAUGUUGCCAUCGACGCCACUGUGGGACCGAUUGUACAGGACAUCAUUGCUCAGAGCCCUCCCGAUGUACCCUUGACGUUCACUCCGCAAACCUCGGCCUGGAUCGAGACACGACAAUGGCGACAAUCUGAGCCAUGGCAUAUGGCCAUCCUCGACGUCCUCGACAUUCUCGACAUCCUCGACAUCCUCGAGAUCGAAGACUAUCCCGAGGCGUUCCCCAAGAUUGGCUCCAUGGGAGAUGAGCUCCAGCGUGGCCUUCAACCUCGUGAUCAUGGUCCAACCCCAUUCUUUAGCGACUACCAUUCUCUGCAGACAGGCUGUAAAAGGUGA